AUGCAGGAAGAUUCGAAACUUCAUAUAGUGGAAACAGCGGACGAUGAUGAGAACACAUCAUUGGAGGAGGGAGUUGAAGCUGGUAAUUUGCGCGAGCAAAGCGGUCAGACGCCUGCUCAUGAGGCAGCAGUAGCAGCAUCAGCAACAACUCCAUCUAAUAAGGUGAUACACCACGAGGAAUUAUUACUUUCUCAAAGUGAAAUUGAGUGA